CUUAAUGAAAAACAACCAGGCUUUCAAUGUAAUUCGGGUAGUAAAUUUAGUGAUAUAGAAGAAACCUCAAGCGUGACAAUUACUAGUUUAUAUAAUCAUCUUUUUUCAAACUCAAAUACUAGAUUUUCUGGACCAUAUAUUCUAGGUUGGGACAAUAAAGAUUUAUUAGACGCUUCUCUUAAAGGAGUAGAGUUUCGACCAUUUGCAUUUAAAGUAGGAAAAUAUCUAAUUCAAAUAAUUAGUAUAGGAAUUGAAAGUAAUUCAGAUUUAAUGGGUGCAGGCAUUGGAUAUAUGUCAUCAUUUAUAGGCGAAUAUAAUAAAAAACAGGCUUCAUUUAUUCAAACAGUAGAACCAAAUUAUCUAUAUCAAAUUGCUAUAUAUCAAUCUAAUCAAGAUCCAAUAUUAAUCUUAGGCACAAGCCCAAAUAAUGUAUGGAAAAAGACAGGACUUUUUAAGAAAUUUUGUGGAACACAACUUUUUGGAUUAGAAAAUUCGCUAACACAAAAAGAAAUUUCUACUCAAAAAAUUUCUAAAUGUACACCAGUUUCAUGGAACAAUGAAGCAAUUAUAAAUAAUAUUUUCAAUUAUCAUCUAAAAAAGCGAACUAUAGCAAAUAUCAAUUGGUGA